UCCAUUGUUUUCUCAUAGUUAUGUCUUCUUUUCCUACCUCGCUUUUUCAAUCAAAUCAUAUAUAUCCAAAAAAUUUCCCUCACUUUCUUGGCAAAACUAUUUCCAUAUUUCAAUGUCAGAAGAAUUUCAAGAAUCCGAGGUUAUAUUUUCCGAUGAAUAUUACACGAACAACAACAACAAGAGUAGCAACAACGAGAACUACCAAAGAAAGCCGACGGCGACGGAGAAAAUGUCAUCUCCGGUGAGAAUUCCGUCGAGAACAAUUUUUCAGUGUACGGAAGAGGAGGAGGAGGAGGAGAAGAGAGAAAUGACUCCGCCACAUGUCAUAAUCGGAAAACGAAGAAGGGAGACGCAAAUGGCGUUUUCCUUUUGUACCCUUAAAGGAAGAGACUUGAGACGUCACCGUAACUCCGUUCUUAGGAUGACCGGUUUUUUGGAAGUUUAAUAUUGAUCCCCAAAAUAAAUUGAGAACCGGUUCGGUUUAGUUUGCUAUUUUUAUUCGGUUUGUGUCGUCUUUACUUUGGGUGUGUAUCAUAAGCUUUGAAAUGAACCAAUGUGUUUAUUUGCAACAAAAAAAAAGAACCAAUGCAUCUAGGAUUUUUUAUUUGAUUUAAUUUGGUGAAAGAAAAGUUUAAUAUUGGGUAUAUUUCCCCAUAUUUUAUCAAGUAAG